UAAGUGCAAGAGCAAUAUAUAGCAGAUAAAUUUUGUUGUCCAUCUUUCCCAAAUUAAAAUGGCCGGCAGCCGCGCAGGCAAUGGUGACGGCGUUUCAACUACUUCCUUCUUCAUUUGCUCGACUUUUCUCUUCAUGGCCUUGGCUUUUCUGAUCUUUCACAAACACAAAGCCAAGAGAAACAAGAGAUCAAACGAGGCCGCCUCGCUUCCACCGGGGCCAAAACCAUGGCCAAUCGUUGGAUGUCUCCCGGAGAUGCUCACAAACAAGCCCACCUUUCGGUGGAUACACAAAUUAAUGGAGGAACUGGACACUGAAAUAAUCUGUGUCCGCCUGGGAAAUGUUCAUGUCAUUCCCGUCACUUCUCCUCAACUCGCUUGCGAAUUCUUGAAAAAGCAUGAUUCUGUGUUCUCUUCCAGGCCGAUUUGCUUAUCGGCAGAGUUGACAAGCAAAUAUCUUACAACGGCUCUUACGCCAUUGGGAGAUCAAUGGAAGAAGAUGAGAAGAGUCCUUGUCUCCGAAGUUCUUUCACCGGCGAGAUUUCGAUGGCUCCAUAAUAUGAGAGUCGAAGAAGCCGAUCACCUUAUCCGCUUUGUGUACAAUCAAACUCGUAAAAGUUCCAUGAUCGGUGGUAUUGUGGACAUCAGAGUCGCAACGCAACAUUUCUGUGGAAAUGUGAUAAGAAAGAUGAUUUUUGGGAAGAGAUUUUUCGGGGAGGGAAAGGAAGAUGGCGGGCCCGGAGUGGAGGAAGAAGAGCAUAUCGAUGCUCUAUUCACCAUUCUUAACUAUCUCUAUGCGUUUUGCAUCUCGGAUUAUAUUCCAUGGUUGCGAGGCAAACUAGACUUGGACGGCCAUGAGAAGAUCAUGAGAAAGGCCGUUGGCACAUGCAGGAAAUACCAAGAUCCACUGAUUGAAGAGAGGUCCAGAGAAUGGCAAACGGGUACAAAGGAAGAGAAGGAAGACUUGCUUGAUGUGCUUCUUACCCUAAAAAAUGCACAUGGUAGCCCAUUACUUUCGGUUGAAGAAAUCAAAGCUCAGAUUGUGGAGCUGAUGAUAGAAACAGUGGACAACCCAUCAAACGCCGUGGAAUGGGCACUUGCUGAGAUGUUAAACCAACCGGAAACAUUCAAACGAGCCAUUGAGGAAUUGGACAGAGUGGUGGGAAAAGAAAGGCUGGUCCAAGAAUCAGAUCUCCCGCACCUCAACUAUGUCAAAGCUUGCAUCAAAGAAGCCUUCCGCCUCCACCCCUUGGCACCCUUUAAUGUCCCACAUGUCUCUGUUGCCGACACAACCGUAGCUGGCUACUUCAUCCCAAAGGGGAGCCAUGUGCUGCUCAGUCGCCCAGGACUAGGCCGGAACCCUAAGGUCUGGGAGGAGCCGCUCGAGUUUCGGCCGGAGCGCCACUUGACAGAAGACGGCUCCGAGGUGGGGCUCAAUGACCCGGACUUGCGCAUUUUGUCAUUUAGCAUUGGACGACGUGGAUGUGUUGGUGUCACCCUAGGAUCCGUCAUGACUACAAUGUUGAUGGCUAGGCUUCUUCAAGGUUUCACUUUCAAAUUGCCACCCAACAUUUCAAAGAUCGACUUGAAAGAGUCCGCUGAUAAUAUGUCCCGGGCUAGUCCUUUGCUUGCUCUUGCAGAGCCCCGGUUGCCUGAGAACUUGUACCUUUCAGUCUGAAAGAUAAUUUCCAUUUGCAUCCAUAUAGCAGCUAGCAAGAUGCAAGUCCAUGUGGGACCUUUUAUUGUCAAAGUUAAAUAAAUAAAUCAAAUUAAACAUAACCAAA